GCUCCCGGGGCGCCCCCAAAAUGCCUCAUCUGGGCCUCGACGGCGCCGAUGAGGCGGCGAGCUCCUCCUGGAUGCCGCACCUGGUGAACGAGGUGGCCAAUGCCACCGAGCCCCCCGCUCCCACCUGGGAGUCCCCCCUAGACAAUGCCUCGGGCUGCCUGGAGCAGCAGAUCAACUACGGCAGAGUGGAGAAAGUUGUGAUCGGCUCCAUCCUGGCGCUCAUCACGCUGCUGACGAUCGCGGGCAACUGCCUGGUGGUCAUCUCGGUGUGCUUCGUCAAGAAGCUCCGCCAGCCUUCCAACUACCUGAUCGUGUCCCUGGCCAUGGCCGACCUCUCGGUGGCUGUGGCGGUCAUGCCCUUCGUCAGUGUCACCGACCUCAUCGGCGGCAGGUGGAUCUUCGGGCAUUUCUUCUGCAACGUCUUCAUCGCCAUGGAUGUCAUGUGUUGCACCGCGUCGAUCAUGACUCUGUGUGUGAUCAGCAUCGACAGGUACCUCGGAAUCACAAGACCCCUGACCUACCCUGUGCGGCAGAACGGAAAAUGCAUGGCAAAGAUAAUUAUCGGUGUCUGGCUGCUCUCUGCUUCUAUCACUCUGCCUCCUCUCUUCGGCUGGGCCCAGAAUGUCAACGAUAACAAGGUGUGUCUGAUCAGCCAGGAUUUCGGCUACACGAUUUACUCUACUGCGGUGGCGUUUUACAUCCCGAUGUCUGUCAUGCUCUUCAUGUAUUACCGAAUCUACAAGGCUGCCCGCAAGAGCGCUGCCCGGCACCGAUUCCCUGGCUUCCCCCGGCUGGAGGAGCCUGAGAGUGGCAUCUCCCUGCAGAGCAUUGGAAAGGUGCCCAAGGAGGUGGAGGAGUGCGCCAACAUUUCCAAACUCCUCAAGCAUGAAAGAAGAAACAUCUCUAUCUUCAAGCGGGAACAGAAAGCUGCGACUACCCUGGGGAUCAUCGUUGGAGCCUUCACCGUGUGCUGGUUGCCCUUCUUCCUCCUCUCAACUGCCAGGCCUUUCAUCUGCGGCACCGUCUGUAGCUGCAUCCCCCUGUGGGUUGAGAGGACAUUUCUCUGGCUGGGAUACGCGAACUCUCUGAUCAACCCCUUUAUCUAUGCCUUCUUCAACCGAGACCUGAGAACCACCUACCGUAGCCUGCUCCAGUGCCAGUACCGAAACAUCAACCGCAAGCUCUCCGCUGCAGGUAUGCAUGAGGCGCUGAAGCUGGGAGAGAGGCCUGAGAGACCCGAGUACUUACUGUAAGACAAAAGUCUGACUAAGGCUGAAAAGAAAAGUCGAUUCAAGUUCAACAGCG